CCCUGAGGCGCAGCGGCCGCGCCUGCGCGCUGCGGCGGUGAUGGCGGGCGCGCUGCGCGGUGUCCUCAGUGCCCGGGCGGCCGCGGCGCUCAGGGCGGCCCGGGCCGCUGUGGCGGCGCCGCCGGGGGCGCGGGCCGCCUCGGAGAUGUCCAAGGACAUGCUGCCCGGGCCGUACCCGCGCACCCCGGAGGAGCGGGCAGCCGCCGCGAAGAAGUACAACAUGCGGGUGGAGGACUAUCAGCCCUACCCCGACGACGGCUUCGGGUAUGGUGACUAUCCCAUGCUCCCUAAUAAGUCUCAUCAUGAGAGAGACCCCUGGUACCAGUGGGACCAGCCAGACAUGAGGCAUAACUGGGGAGAGCCGAUGCACUGGGACUUUGACAUGUACAUUCGGAACCGGGUAGAUACAUCCCCCACAGUAGUUCCCUGGCAUACCAUGCGCAAACACUUCCUUAUCUUUUUGAGUACCAUGCUGAUCAUGUUUGGCAUUGGAGAGAUCUAUCCAUCUUACAGGCCUGUGGGACCGAAGCAAUAUCCCUUCAAUGACCUGUAUCUGGAGAGAGGAGGAGACCCCAAUAAAGAGCCACCAGCGGUCGUACACUAUGAAAUUUGAAAGUUGUUCAAGUGCAAUGAGUCCUGUCAGCUCUGCUAGGGAUGGAAUCUUUGCUAGUGUUCACUGUGGCAUAUGUUAACACUCGUUCUGCAAUGUUCAACCACUAACUGCAGUGAAAUACAUCAAUUGACACCUA